GUGGAACGUGUUCUAUCAGGUGUAACAUCUACCAAUGGUUGUACAUGACAGAAACCUCCUCCACCUCUUUGCUGUCUUACUAGUCAAUCCUUUCCUAAAUAGUGAAAGGAUCAUGCCAGCCCACAUCAAACACCUGAUCAAGAACUUGUGAACCUCACUGCUGCGGACACCUGUGUGAUAUUCGACUCUGACUGGAACCCUCAAUAUGACCUGCAGGCUCAAGCUCGGUGUCAUCGUUUUGGCCAGUCUAAGGCGGUGAAGGUGUACCGUCUGAUCACUAGAAACUAUGAGAGGGAAAUGCUGGAUAAAGCUAGUCUAAAGCUCGGGCUGGACCAUGCCGUCCUGCAGAGCAUGAGUGGGAACAAAGAAGGCAACAACAACGGGCCGGUCCAGCAGUUCUCCAAGAAGGAGAUCGAGGACCUGCUGAGGAAAGGAGCCUACGCCGCCAUCAUGGACGAGAACGUCAAGGCAAUCGCUUCUGCUAGGAGGACAUCGACCAGAUCCUGCAGCGAAGAGCCACCAUCAUCACCAUCACCAGUUUGCUUCAAGCCGUGGCUGCACGAGAAAGACGUGGAGGACCAAGAAAUGCUGGCCAGAUUGGCAAAGACCGGAAGAUACAUAACAGAGAAGAUAAUGGAUAUUAACAAGAAAAAUAACACAUUUUUUAUAAUUUCUUUGUUGCUGUUUACAUUUUGAAUUAUAUUUGUUAUUUGUAAAUCAAAUGCAUCUAUUUUAGAUGAUAUAUUUAUUUAGAUGUAGGUUUUUUUUGUAAUAUUAUUGUAUUAAGUAUAAUUUAUUAAAUAAAAAUACUGUUAUGAACA